AUGAGUGAUAUCUCUGACAAUGGAGAUACUGUAUUGACGAAGGAUUUAAGGUUCUCGGCGUUGGUCAACAAUACUAAGAAGGAGUUGUUCAUUACCACUAAAUUCAAAACUGAUUUUACCAAAGCUUCAUCCACGGAUGAUUUGCGAUAUUCAAUCAAUUAUGCUACUGUCUGUCAAGAUUUCAAAGAUUUUGAAGCCCUGAAUGAAACCAAAAGCUUUAAAUCCAUUUCUAGUUUAGGGUUGUCAUUGUUGUCUAAAGCGGCAUUUAAACAGGUGUGUUCAUCUAUUACAAUGACAUUAAAGUGUAAAGAACCAAAGUUUGACACACAUGUCGAAUUGAAUAGGAAAUUAGAUAAUUGGGGGAACAUUGUCCCAACUGAAAUUGACAAGAUUUACUUGAAAAAUAUCUCUUUAAACACAAUCAUUGGUUUGUAUACUUUUGAAAGAUUUCAAAAACAACCUAUUGUUUUGGACAUCAGAAUAGAUGUUGAUUUUUCAAAAACUGAUCCGGAUAUUGCUGGGGUAGGAAAAUCGAUUUACAAGUAUGUGGAAAAGUCUAAUUUUAAAACAGUGGAAGCGUUGGUAUUGAACGUCAAUAAACUUAUCUAUAAGUUACUGCCGGAUGCUUCAGACUGUGAAGUCUGUGUCUUAAAAACAGAUAUAAUAGAAUAUAGUGACGUGGGAGUAUCCACAAGGAAAACUAGGGAAGAAAUUAUGAAGCUAGACUUCGAAUUAGUAGAGUUUGAUGAGAAUGACUUGACGACCGAGAAGUUCGUCAUACCAAACCUCAAUCGAGAAACCCAAAUUGAUCUUGAAGUGGAGGAUCACAUAGCCUUUUUAGCGUUUGGAUCAAAUGAGGGGCAUCAAUUGAACAAUAUCAUGAAGGCGAUUGCUGAAUUAAACGCACAUCCUAAAAUAAAAGUGUUGCAAACCUCAUCGUUGUACAAAUCCAAGCCAAUGUACUACUUGAAUCAACCUGAUUUUAUCAAUGGAUGUUUGAAGAUAACAACAACAUUAACACCACAUGCUCUUUUGAAGGUGCUGAAACAGAUCGAGUAUGGAACUUUGAAUCGUGUGAAGAAGUUCAACAAUGGUCCGAGAACCAUUGACCUUGACAUCAUCCUCUAUGAUUCGGCAAUUAUUAAUUCUCCUGACCUCAAUAUUCCUCAUAUUAGAAUGAUAGAACGCUCGUUUGUGCUAGUUCCUUUAUGUGAGUUGUUACCUCCGGACUUUGUACAUCCUGUAACAGCGGAAUGCGUUCACGAUCAUAUGAAACAGCUACUAUUAAGCGCUCCUCCACCUAGUGAAAUUCAAGAAUCAAGUGACCUUAUCUCAUUGGUUCCUCUUCCUACCAGAUCUACAGAUAAUGCGACAUUUAGGUAUCUAGAAUAUGAUUUAGUUCAUCGGAAAACACCCACUCAGUUGAUGGCGAUACUUAACGUCACUCCUGACUCUUUUAGUGAUGGAGAAGAAGAGAAUUUGAAUUUGAACAGAACAAUGGAGAAAGUUGAUGAAAUGGUGGCCAAUAAAAUCGAUAUAAUUGAUAUUGGUGGUUGUUCAACCCGUCCUGGAUCUGUCCAGCCACCUGUUGAGGAAGAGUUAAAUAGGGUGCUACCGGUAGUAAGAGCCGUUAAGGAGAAGUAUGGUGACAGAAUUACUGUGAGUAUUGAUACAUAUCGUGCUAAAGUUGCCGAGGAGUCUAUCAAACUUGGUGCUGAUAUGAUUAACGAUAUUAGUGCUGGGUCAUUUGAUAAAAGCAUGUAUGAUGUUAUUGCCAAAUACAACGUUCCAUAUAUCAUCAACCAUACCAGAGGCGACAUAAGCACUAUGGCUUCCUUGACCAAUUAUCAACAAACUGAGGAUGGAGAAGGUAUUAAGAUUUUUAACGAACGAAGAAACCAAGAGGAUGUUAUUACGACUGAAGUCUCCAAGGAGUUGGCAAAAUCAUUAUCUGAAAUGUAUGCUAGGGGAAUCCGAAGAUGGCAGAUAAUUUUAGAUCCAGGUUUAGGCUUUGCGAAAUCCUUGCAUGAAAAUUUGAUUCUUAUCAGGCACUUGCCAUUCUUUAGCAAAUAUAAGCAAUUCAACAACAAAACAGGGGAAUUUAUCAGCUUUGAUUAUCUUCCAAUUUUGCUUGGGCCUUCAAGAAAAAAGUUCAUUGGCACAAUUACCAGUAAAGGAACCGCUGCUGAAAGAAUAAACGGCACUAGUGCAUCAAUUACUGCAGGCAUAGGAUUUGGUUCUGACAUUGUUAGAGUUCAUGAUUUCAAAGAAAUGAAAGAUGUUUGUUUGAUGGGUGAUGCUAUUUACAAGAAUAUUCUACCGAAAAAAAAAACUGAUUGA